UUGUCCUGGCCAGUGAUGGGUCUAAGCUGCUUAUGUCGCCGUAUUACCCUCUCCAUUAUGAGAACGAGGCAUACGUUGAAUGGAAAGUAGGGGUGCCAUCGGGAUAUGGUGUAAUGGUGCAUUUCAUUGAGUUUCAUCUCAUAGAUGAUGGAGACACUCUUACCGUAGAGGGCGCUCUCCCGGGUGCUGAGGACAGUAUCCCAGCGAUUUUCACAGGAGUUGACAUGCCGUCUGACUUCGUCCUUUGGUCUACUGAAGCUCGAAUACGCUUCGAAACGAAUUCGGAAGGCGUCGGUGCGGGUUUCAAAAUCAAAGUUCAGCCUAUGUUUGGAGAAGGUCAUUGCCUUAGCCCAUUAGGGUUAGAAGGGGGUUGGAUUCCCGAUGAUAGUCUGUAUUCUUCUACCCUGAUUGACCAACACCACGCCGCAACUCACGCCAGGCUUAAUGGCCCCUCAGCAUGGGUUCCAGAACCGAACGAUCCAGCACCAGAGCUCACGGUUCGACUCAAGACAAUGUCUUAUGUAACCGGUGUGGUCGUUCAAAGUGGUCCUGACAGCAUCGGCAACUGGGUAGACUCUUUCACAUUUGAAUUUCCUCCCAGUGAUGAAAAUAAGGUCAUAGAAGGGAAGUGGGAAUCGAAGAAAGUUUACCGGCUCCUGUUUGUCAAAUAUUACCAGACUAAAGUCAUAAGGGUUAAACCUAGGACUAGGUCGGCAUCGAUCUUUUCUCUGCGUCUUGAAAUCCUCGGUUGCCGUACUGAUUGUUUUUUCGAUCUGGGCCUCUCAUCCGGUUAUUUGCCCGAUCACAAUAUCAAGAUUUACCGUGGAGGAGACAUUGCCUCGGAAGCCUCGGACACUGUUCGGAUGCUUCCCGCUCAUAUGUUCCCACUGGACGGGCUAUCAUCGGGUGGACCUGAUGACAGUCUCGCUGUCCGCAUCGAUUUCGAUACCACGACCCUUGUCAAGGCUAUCAUUGUCCAGAGAUGUGGAGACACGAAUCUCAAGAAAUUUCGUUUCCAAUACGACAAUCAUUCUGAGAUGGAGUUCGACAUUUCUGAGUGUGAUCAAAGACUAUGUAAGGUGGUGAUCAAGGAGCCGCUAGCUGCAACGUCAGUGACCAUCGGUAACUUAGAAUGGAGUCCUUCGCUGCCACACUUUAUGCGUUUUGAAAUUCUGGGCUGCAUCAAAGUAGAUUGCAUACAACCUUAUUGCACGGAUGAUUGCGACUUGACGAUGCUUAGAUCUGAAAAUGCCCUGGAGAUUGCCAAGUCACACACUGCUUUGAUGCCGGCUAGGUCAAUCUGCGAGCUUGAUAUCCCAGAAAAGGACGAUAUGUUCAUCACUUUUAUAUUACUUGGGUUUAAUUCUGAGGUACAAAUCGCAGAUGGUGGACUACUUGAAAUCAACGAACCUGAGAAUUUAAAGGAAUUCCCCCUUGGCUCUGAAAUCCCACCAGUGUUUGUCUCAUCGUCUUCUACAGUAUAUUUCCGUAUCCUGACAGGCAUCAGCACCGACUAUCCCAACGUAACAGUAACCUAUGGUUAUACAGAUAAACCGGGUUGUCACCAUAGCUACAACGACGAGAAAGAUACAAAAUGUAAAACUUCCAGUGGCAUCAUCAUGUCUCAGAACUACUUCAAUGGCUAUCCAGACGACGUUCACCAUACCUGGACCAUCAUCACCCGACUUUGGACCAGGGUUAUCCUGUCCUUCAUUGAAAUCGACGCGUAUUCCGCCGAUGGUGACUGCCUGGAGGACGAUUACGUCAAUGUGUCCGUUACUGACCAAAUCACCGUCUUGUGCGAGGUUCCAGGGAAGUCUGCAGUUGUGGAGUCAUCCGGAAACUGGAUGACUGUCACAUUCCACUCUGACCCGCAGGAUAAUGGGCAGCAAACCGGGUUCCUUGCAGAGUACAGAACAGAACUUCUCAAGCCCGAAUACUCCAAGUCUGUUGAUAACGAAAGUUUCAGAUGUGAAGAUGAGUGGGAAAUAUUUCAAGGUUCGUGUUACAAUCUGUUUCGCAACUCUGAAGACAUAACAUGGACAGAUGCAGAAGCGAAAUGCAAGAACGAGCAAGGCCAUCUAGUUAGCAUCAGGGACGAGGAUGAGAUGACCUUUAUUCACUUUAUGAUAUCCUCCACCGAGUUGAAUUCCACCGAAAUAAAUGCAUAUAUAGGUCUCGGAAACAGAGAAGUGUAUGGAGUCUUCAGAUGGACGGAUGGAACUCCAAUGUCAUAUACAGCUUGGGCGAAAAUAAAUGAUCAAGAACCGACAGGCACAACAGAUAAACAACCAGAUGGAGCUUCUCUAGAAGGCUGUGUCAAGUUGGUUCUCAAUACGGACUUACUAACCGACCUAUCCCUUGAUCUAUGGCAUGAUGUUGCGUGUGCAGCCAAGGACACCAAUGAAUUCAUUUGUGAACGGGCUGCUGAGAGAAUUGGGGGUUCACCCGUCGAUGUCCAACUUCCUGUUUACAUUCCAGACACAGAACACGAUCGAUGUGGGUCUGGGUUAUUCCAUUGUUUCUCUGGGGAAUGCAUAAGUGAGGUUUUCAUCUGUGACGGCAAAGAUGAUUGCAUCGACGGCAGCGAUGAGAACAAUUGCCCAGAAGAUGAUAAAUGUUUAGACAAUCAGUUCCAGUGCACAGACGGUGUGUGUAUAGCGUCUGCGUUCUUUUGUGAUACUAUUCCUCAUUGUCUUGAUAACUCUGACGAAACGGCUUGCAAUUAUCCCGAAUGUGAAGAAAAUGAAUUCACGUGUGUCAGCAAGCAAUGUAUUCAAGACUCAAAGAGAUGUGAUUUCAUCCGUCAAUGCCAUGAUGGUUCAGAUGAAAUAGGAUGUGAUAAAGAGGACUAUAAUGUCGAUGUAUUCCAGUGUUAUGAUGGAACGCUGCUACCAAAAGAGGUUCACUGUGAUGGCAUGAUAGAUUGUAUUGGAAAUACACACGAAGAUGAACGGAAUUGUCCAAACCUAGAUGAAUUAGAAGAGCGGGAAUUCUACUGUCCCAGUGGCGACCUUGACGGUGUACCAUUCAAAUGCAUGUAUGACUUUAAUUCGUAUGGCUUGAUCAAAGGAUGUCGAAAUGUUGACCAUUUGAAAGACUGCGGAAACGAGACAUGUCCUGAGAAUUCGAUGAGGUGCCCUGGCUCUUAUUGCAUCCCGCUAAGAUACCGAUGUGAUAAUAAGAAAGACUGUCUCUACGGAGAGGACGAGGAUGAGUGUGAUGACUUCGUCUGCCCACCUGGGACCUAUCGUUGCAAUAGCAAAUCAGGCAAGGGUCUUUGUAUCAGCCCUGAUCACGUGUGUGAUGACGUCAUAGACUGUCCCGACAGAGAUGAUGAACUAUUGUGCUAUGAAUGCCCUGAUGGAUGUGACUGUAAGGAUCUCUCUUAUUCUUGUAACCUAACUGUUGACGUCAGCCUCCGGUUACCAGGACAGCUCAGAAAACUGUCUCUGAUGUUACUUAAUGAAACGACUGAGAAUAGCACUAGAGUUCUGCGACCUCUUGAUAAUGACCCGGAAGGGAUUGAUUUCAUCCCGUCCAUGUGGCCAAAUCUGAUCUACUUGGAAAUUAGCCACUCCGAGAUUUCCGAGGUAAAACCGGACGCAUUUGCUAACAACAAGAAUGUUCGACAUAUUAAACUGCAUAACAACAAACUUCGUGAGCUCCACGAAGGUUCUUUUACAGGCCUUGAACAACUUCGCUUCAUGAAUUUAUCUGGGAACAACUUACGUGAAAUCCACAGUGGAACGUUUAGUAACCUCGAUAAGCUCCAAGAACUGGAUAUUCGUGGCAAUGAAGAUAUCGCUUACGCUGAAGAGAGUCAACGUGCUAUAUUUGCUGGCCUUGAAAAUUUCAAAUUGUACACUGACAAGUACAUCUUCUGCUGCAUGGCGAAAAUUGAUGAUGCCAACUGCGACGCCCCUCGAGAUCAGUUCUCAUCUUGCACUGACCUCAUGGAGAACAUCAUUCUCCGAGCCUUGAUCUGGAUUCUAGGUUUCAGUGCGUUCAUCGGUAACGUCUUCGUCAUAGGGUACAGAUUGAUCGUGGGUAGGAAGGAACGCAAAAAGAACAACGUCCAGGCUAGUCUGAUCACCAACUUGGCUAUAUCUGAUUUCUUGAUGGGAGUUUACAUGCUGACCAUAGCCAGUGCUGACGUCAACUUUCGUGGGACGUACAUCUACCAGGCAGAUUACUGGACCUCGAGUACCCUGUGCCAACUCACGGGUAUGGUCUCUGUCAUCUCCAGCGAGGCAUCUGUGUUCUUGGUGAUGAUGAUUAGCUUGGACCGUUGCUUUCACGUGGUGGCGCCCUUUAAGAGAGGUCUCCACAUGUCGCAACGAUCUAGUCAUAUCAUCGAGACGGCCAUCUGGGCUUUGUCGUUCCUGCUUGGCCUGCUCCCGAUCGUUAUUCCGUCGUACUUCAAAGACGAGUUCUAUGGAGCUUCUGGUGUCUGUCUGGCCCUUCCUCUAACGACCGACCGUCCUGCAGGAUGGCAUUACUCCAUCUCCAUCUUCAUCGGCGCCAACUUCAUGUGCUUCUUGGUCACCUUCCUGUGCUAUGUGGCCAUCUUCAUGUCCGUGAAGACAUCACAGCGGCAAGUUGCUAAAAGUAGUGCCGCCGUUGGUCGGGAGGACAAGAGACUCAAGGAAGAGAUCAAGCUUGCCACCAAGAUGGCUCUCAUUGUAGGCACAGAUCUUAUUUGUUGGAUGCCUAUCAUUAUCAUGGGGCUGCUUUCAGCAGGUGGCACGUCUCUGCCUGCUCAGGUGUAUGCCUGGACAGCAGUGAUUAUCCUACCUAUCAAUUCCUCUCUGAAUCCCUACCUCUAUACCAUCUCAACCGUUCACUCGCAACACCUUAACAAACUCAGACUCAAACAGGAGGCUGCUGACACAAAAACAAGAGAGAGUGUUAAUUUUGAACUCACCACGUCACUCAUCACACCCUUCACGUCACUACCCAGUCCCCUUCCCCAACGCAUGCGCACUUGGCUCAAACGCUUCUCACGGGACUUGACCAAAGAAGAAUUGGAAACUAUUGAGCGUGACGUCGUCGAGGCAGUGUCCUCCAUGAGGUCAGAAGGGGUCAAAGUUGACGAAUUUCUGCAUGUGGAUAACUUGGCAAUCCAAACUAACAAUGCUGGGAAAAUCUCACAGGCAUUUAUUGUCCUCGACGCCCCUCUCCCCCUCGCCAACGGAAAGAGCAAGCUUAUCGAUGAUGACGACAAACCGGAAGCGAACAGCCCGAUGACUAGGAAUCUAGUCAAACUCCAGACUAUGUUUGACCGAGUCGCUAUUCGUAAAACCACAAAUAAACUGUAGAAGAUAGAAACGAUCUGUCAUUGAAUGUUGUAGUAAAUAUUGAAAAAUUAUGAGGGAUUGAUUGAGUUAUAGAUACAUAUACUUAAUUUCAUGAUU